CUCGAACACCAACUGCCCAAUGCCUUCACGAUCACCAUCCCCUCGCGGGCGUCCCCGCACGAGAUCGCCCUACUCUGAUAUUUCCAAUGGGCGGCGAUCGGACACGAGAUCCCUUUCAAGACCUCGUCGCACAAUCUCACCACGUUCUCUGAGUCGAAGCCCCCGGAGAAAUGGCAGAUAUAGAAGUGAGAGUCGCAGCGUCAGCCGUGGCAGGAGCCUAAGCCCAGUGAGAAGCACAAAGGUUGUGGUCGAGAAGCUCACCAAAAAUGUCAACGAAGAUCAUCUUCGAGAAAUCUUUGGGGUCUAUGGCCCGAUCCAUGAUUUAGAUAUGCCAAUGAACCGGCAAUUCAACACCAAUCGUGGGACAGCAUACAUUCUCUAUGCCCACGAAGCAGACGCAGAAGCAGCCAUUGCGCACAUGCACGAAGCUCAAAUCGACGGAGCUGUCAUAAAUGUAUCAAUCGUCUUACCUCGCCGCAAGUUCUCUCCAUCGCCGCCCCUUGCAAGGCGUGGUGCAAACUUCGACCCUCGCGGUCCGCCAUCAGCGAGUCUCCGAGGCCCACCUCCACCUCGACGCCGCUCUCCAUUCUCGCGCCGGUCUCCUCCCCCAAGCUACAACAGAAGUGGAAGGGAGUUUGAUACCUACCGACCAAGAAGUAUCACGCGCUCGCGGUCCCCACGGCGACAUCGAACCCGCUCUCGAUCCUUCUCUUCCCGCUCCCGCUCCCCUCCACGAAGACGCGGCGGUCGACGUGACAGCCCUGGGCCGAGUGGCGGAGGCCGGAGAAGAAGGAGCCCGAGCUACAGUAGCUACAGCAGUUAUGAUGAUAGGAGCCGGAGCAGAAGCCGUGGCCGUGGGGGACGGGGAAGGCGCUGAAAACGGGUUAUUCCAGGGAGAUAUGUCAAGGCGGUGGUAUUAUACUAUAGCGAUGGAGUUUGGGAUGGCUGGGAAAAUGGAGGUACUAAUUCCUGAGGAUUCUGGGCAGACAGGAUACUACCCUGU